GAUCCUUUUCAAAAGGCAUAUUCAAGUGUGAGUUCCAGUGAGUCUCCCUGACUUCCUUGUCGGUGAAGCAAUCGGAAGAACCCUUAUCCCAAACCCAUGGGCGGCGAUACAGCUUCCGUUGUAAAUUCCACCAUCGAUGAUGACAUAUCCACCGCUUUAUGGCCUGCGGGAGAAUCUUACUAUACAAUCUUGGAAACCGAAGCAAAUCAAAAGCAUGUUUACCAACAGUUGCUUAAGAACUACGAUCAUUUGAAUGAUCGACUCCAAAACAUGGACGCUGCUAAAACUAAAGUUUUGAGCUAUACACCUGGAUCAUGGAUUGAAAACGUAGGUGGCAUGACCAUGAGUGACUACAAUGUGCCAGAAACGACUACAAUUCUAUUGAUCGGCCUGAAAGGAUCUGGGAAAAGUAGUCUCGUGAACAGGAUUUCACGGGUGUUUGAAGAUGAUAAGUUUGCACCAGAAAGAGCCCAAGUUUCAUAUAAUUCAUCCGUGCGGGGCGGAACUAGCUUUCUACAGGAGUACAUGAUACCAAGAAACUCAACGUCUUUCUGUUUCUACGACACUAGUGGAUUUUCCAAUAAUUUAACGGAAAAUUUAGAGAUGAUUAAGCAAUGGAUGACAAAAGGCGUCCGUCAUGGAGAAUCGAUGAAAAGUGCAUCGGAUGGUUCAAGUCAACGGGGCAGAAUGAAGUGUAAAAACGGCCAAGAUAAGCACCUGACUUAUGAAAGAAGGAGAGUUGAUUUUGUUAUAUUUGUGGUAAACGGGCUCUCGGUUUUGAAAUGUAUGGAGAACAGUGGAGUAGACACACAAUACAUUCAUACAGUUACUGAAGUUUUCAGUUCACCGUUUUUGUCUUUUAAAGAUCAUAAACCUGUUAUCGCGAUUACACAUGGAGAUCUACUUUCAAUCUCUGAACGUGCGCGUGUUGGCGUUUAUCUAGGACAUCUACUUGGUGUUCAUCCAAGCAAACAAACAUUCGAUGUUCCAGAUAACUGUGAACCGACAACUGAGUUGACUAUCAUUGACUUGGUGCGCUAUGCUCUUGAGCAUGCCGAUAGGAAUCUUCCCUGCAAAUCCAGACUCGCAAUCAGCAAGGGUUCUACUAUUCAACUAUGGACACAUUUGCUACUACUAUUAGUCAUAGGAUUGUUAAUGUUUACAGCCCAUUUUCAUGGAUUCCGUUCUCUGAAACUUAAUCCUGAACCAAGCCUCGAAAUAAAGAAAGUUAUGGAAUUUGAUCAAGAAAUCAUUCCCAAACCAGACCCGAAUAUAAAGGAAGUUACAGAACUUGAUACAGAGGCUGUUUCUGUACCAAACGUGGAAAUAAUGAAAGCUGCGGAAUCUGAUCAAGAAGUUGUUCCCGAACCAGACCCGGAAAUAGAGAAAGCUAUGGAAUCUGAUCAAGGGGGUGUUCCCAAAACAGACCCGGAAAUAACGAAAGCUACGGAAUUCGAUCGAGAAAUUGUUCCUGAAUUGGACCUGGAAAUAAAGAAAGUUACGGAAUUUGAUCAAGAAAUUGUUCCUGAACAUAUCCUGGCAAUGAAGAAAGUUAGCCCAGUAAGUAUUCCUAAACCAACCAAGAAAAUAAAGAAAGGUGACCCAGAAAAGAGACUUGGAAAAAACAAGAAAUUGAAGAAAGUUCGUGUUCCUGAACCGAUGCUGGAAAUAGACUGGAAAACAAUUCGACACAUUUGGUAAGCAUAGGCUUGUUGGCCAUACUGGUUCCACCAUGACAAGCAGGUGUGUGUGUAUAAAUAAGUCUCCACGCUUUUUGGAAUCCAUAUGAAAAACCGUCUUGAAAACAUGUAAAUAUGUAAAUAAUGAAUGGGUGUGUUUAAACGUACCCCUCCCUUUUUUUCCUGAACA